AUGGCCAGUCAGAAUCCCCCAUCCGACGACCUGCGCGUCGAGCUCGUCACAGACGCCGACGACUUUGACCAAGCCUACGACUGCGUGCGCAAUGCCUUUGGCCACCAGAUCGCCGAUGGCAUCUGGGUCCUCAUGAACCCGGGCUGGGAGACACCCGAAGGCAAGGCCAGGCACGCGCUGGAGCUGGCCAAGCGCUGGGAGUCCACCAAGGCCGGCCGCAACACCCUCUUCGUCAAGGCCUCCCUGCCGGAUCCCGAGGCCCAAGGCACCCGGCGCAUCGUGGGCCUGGCCAUCUGGCUAAAUGCCUCGCUGGACCCCGCCCACGGCGAGGUCCCGUCCAAGGUCGACCUCACCGGCCUGUACCCGGGCAACGAGAAGGAGCAGCGGUACCUGAAGCAGUGCCUCGCCUCGCUGCACAAGCUGCGCCACGAGACGCUGGCCGAGAAGGCGCAUCCGCAGUCGCCCCAGAAGUCCAUGAUGGUCCUGGAUCUCUGUGUCGUCGACCCGGCGUUCCAGGGCAGGGGCAUCGCGAAGAAGCUCGUCCAGUGGGGUCUGGACGAGGCGCGGGCACGCGGCGACCUGGAGGCGACCACCGAGGCCUCGGCUAUGGGCCGCCAUGUGUACAGGAAGUUAGGGUUCAAGGACGUCGAGGAUGUCGAGUACGGGGUUGAUGAGGAGUUCAAGGAACGUACCAGGCCACCGAACCUGUUCAUGCGUACGAGACCGCCGGGGUUGAGCACUUGA